AACUGGCAGUAUAGGUGCUCACAAGCUUCACACUUUCUCCAAUUAUUUAAAGACCAGUCUCCGUCUCCUUCCCCCAUAAUAAGCCAUUUCCAGAGAGAAAGAGAGAGCGAAGGUGAUAAUGGCGAAGAACGCUUCCUCUUUCUCUAGCUUCAAGUCCUACAUGACAGCACUGUCCGACACGCCGCACCGCCUGGCCCGCCGAGCCAUCUCUACAUCAACUCCGUUGGAGGAGACCGGCGGCGCUCGCGCACGUUCAGGCCGUGACAUGAAGAGGAGCCUCCGGUGGUACGACCUCGUCGGAUUUGGCCUCGGCGGCAUGGUCGGCGCCGGAGUCUUCGUCACCACCGGCCGCGCCAGUCACGUCUAUGCCGGCCCUGCCGUUAUCCUGUCCUACGCCAUUGCCGGUCUCUGCGCGCUACUCUCCGCCUUCUGCUACACCGAAUUUGCCGUCGAGAUGCCAGUCGCCGGCGGCGCAUUUAGCUAUAUCCGCACCACAUUCGGAGAGUUCCCCGCGUUUAUCACCGGAGCUAACCUAAUCAUCGAUUACGUUCUCUCUAACGCCGCGGUGUCCAGGAGUUUCACAUCGUAUAUAUGCACAGCCGUCGGUAUAUCAUCCGACACAAGGCUGAGAAUCGCCGUCUCGGCGCUUCCGAGCGGUUACAACGAGAUAGAUUUUGUUGCAGUGGCGGUGGUGUUAAUCCUCACCGUAGUCAUCUGCUAUAGUACAAGAGGAAGUUCCAUGUUGAACAUGACGUUAACUGCUCUGCACAUCCUGUUCAUAGUGUUCGUGAUUGUGAUGGGGUUCACCAAGGGCGACCCGAAGAACUUGACCCACCCGGCAGAUCCGAAACUGGCGGGCGGUUUUUCCCCGUUCGGUGCUGCGGGGGUUGUGAGCGGGGCUGCUAUGGUGUACCUGAGCUACAUCGGAUAUGAUGCGGUGUCAACGAUGGCGGAGGAGGUGAGGAAUCCGGUGAAGGAUAUCCCGAUCGGAGUAUCGGGAUCGGUUAUGCUUGUGACCGUCCUUUAUUGCCUCAUGGCCGCUUCAAUGUCCAUGCUCCUCCCCUAUGAUAAGAUUGAUCCGGAUGCACCGUUCAACGGGGCGUUCACCAAAGGAUCGCAUGGGUGGAGGUGGGUCUCAAAUGUGAUCGGUGCGGGCGCAAGCUUCGGAAUACUAACGUCGCUGUUGGUAGCCAUGCUGGGUCAGGCUCGAUACAUGUGUGUUAUCGGCCGUUCAGGUGUGGUCCCCAGGUGGUUUGCCAAGGUCCAUCCCAGGACGUCAACGCCGGUCAAUGCAUCACUCUUUCUCGGCGUUUUCACCGCAGUAAUCGCACUUUUCACCGACUUACAAAUCCUCCUAAACCUGGUAUCAAUCGGCACACUCUUCGUUUUCUACAUGGUAGCAAAUGCCGUGAUCUACAAACGCUAUGUGGCAGUAGGGACCACCAAUCCAUGGCCCACACUGUCCUACCUUCUAUCUUUUACCCUCACGGCGAUCUUGUUCACCCUUCUGUGGCACUUUGCACCGGCGGGGAAGGCAAAGGCCUUCCUCCUCGGAGCUUGCAUUGUCAUCGCCAUCUCCAUUCUGCAGCUUUUCCAGUGGAUGGUCCCACAAGCAAACAAACCAGAGUUCUGGGGCGUCCCAUUGAUGCCAUGGAUUCCUUCCACUUCCAUCUUCCUCAAUAUAUUCCUGUUGGGUGCCCUUGACAGUCCUUCAUAUGUCCGGUUCGGAUUCUUUUCGGGUCUUGCGGUCAUUGUGUAUGUGAUGUAUAGCGUGCAUGCUAGCUUUGAUGCUGAGGAACAAAAAGGUCAAGAGAAUAUUGAGAUGAAGGAAUAUAAUGAAGCCCAGGGCAAUUCCUCCAAGGUGUAAAUAUGACUUGUACGUAUUUAGUUUGGUUCAUGUAUUUAAUUGACUAGUUGUAAGAAUAGUAGAAGAGGAAGGUAACAAAAGAAUCUCCAUUAUUAAAUGGAAUGUAACAAGUACUGCUCUUUUAAUUUUCUAUUGUCAACUUGUAUAGUCUGGUUCAAGAUUCCUAUGUAUAUGGAAUUGAUCAAAAAUGUACUACUCCGUUCUCUUUUAGUUGCAACAUUGGACUUUUUGCACUAUUCACAUGUUCUACUU